AUGCCUCCAGAUGCCCGUCAUGGUCGUGCUCAACAACAGCGUCAGUCUAGAAACGCAUUUCUCAAAGUAAGUUGAUCUUAUUUUACAUAAAAUCUUGUGUUUAGGGCUGGGAGAAGUACUUCAAAGUUUAUAUACAUAGUAAAUCAUACUCCAAAGAAGCCAAGAUCAAAGCCAUGGCCAAGUUUGCAACCAUCGUCAUGACACAAUAUUUGAAACAUCGGCAAUUGUUUCAUCAUGAACUGUUCCUCAAGGACAAGAUGAAUGGAAUUGAUCUGUAUACGAUUAACAACGACUGUUCUCUUGCUAAUGUUGUGAGGCCGAAGUGUAAAGCUGCUGAGGAAUAUAUUGUGCAAAAGAAGGUUGGUUUUUAGAUUUUUUGUUGAAUUUUAGGUAAUAUUGUUCUUUAUGAGGAGAAUGGAGCUUUUUUGCGGUUUUAGUCUGGUUUUCUUGAAUUUCUUAAAGCUAUUUUUAUAAAAGUGAUAUUUUUAAAUUUUUUAAGGCUAUAUUGAGGAAAAGAACGUGAGAUCAAUUUUUUUUUGGGUUUUUGGUAAUAACAUGUUAUCCAUGAUAAUAUGCUUGUUUUAUUCAAUGUUUUAUCCUUUUCUUCGAAAAUAUUGUUUUUUAAGGUUAAUAUUUUUGUUUUUCAGCUGAAUUUGUUUAAAUUCGUAUGCUAUAACGAUCAAAAUGUGAGUUUUUAUAUUGUUUUAGAUAUCUACUUUUUGUUUUUGAAUUCUUGCUUUUUUAGACACAAAUUUUUGUUUUUUAUGUUAAUUUUGUUGAUUUUAGGUAGUUCUUGAAGAAUUCAUAAUGGCAUUUACAUACACACGUGGGAACACAUCUUGUCAUUUUAAGUAAGUUUACAUUUUAUGACUUAAGCUAAAGUUUAGAUUAAAAGUUGAAUAUACAAUGUCACUCACUUCUUUUCAGCUUGGGAAAUGAAGAAGUGACUGUAAAUUUCGAGAAUUUGGAUUUUAAAGGCUUUAUCAAGUCGCUGACAUUCAAUAUCUUGAUGGUGAAGGAGUUUUGUGAGAAAUUGGAUCCGAUUGAAGGUGUAACCAAGAAGAAGUUUCGCAUAUCUUCGAAUUCUGGAUUCAAUUUUAAUGAUGAUGUGUUUCAACAGUCCUCUAGACUAUCAUACGCUGAGAAUAUCAAGUCUUAUCAGAUGGGAUUGACUUCUUUUGGUAAUGUUGGGUUAGUUUUGGCAUUAUUUUUGGUAAUUUAGGGACACAGCUAGGUUUUUGGUGUUUUUUUGUUUAGAAUGUGGUUUUUUAAAGCAAGUUUGUGGUUAGAUGGCACAUAAUUAUUUGAGCAACAAUAUAAAAAUGUACAAAUAUUACCUAAAACUAUUUAAGUGGUUAUGUUGAUUUGUUUUAGAGCUUCAGUCACGAUGAAAACGGUAUAUUUGAGCGAUGAGAAGGACUAUGAAGAUGCUAACGCAGCUGCUCAUCGGCAGUCAACAAAGCUUUUAAUGGAUAAUGCUGUGGAUGACUCUUCGGUAAGACUUUUCGGUAUAAUAACAUUGUUUCUAAGAUUUUCAGUUUCAAAAAGCUUAUGUUCUCUAUUUUAGGAAGGAUCUGUCCGCAGUAAUGAAGUCAGAAGCCCUGUAGCGAACCAACAACCCGAAAGAAGCCUAUAUUCACCACCAGUCACGCGUGGAAACUCACAGGAUUCUCAAGCUACUGAAUAUGUCUUUACUUCAAGGAAUCGUAAAUCUUUGUUUGAUGAUAGUCAGGAUUCGUCAGCUGCUCCAGAAUCACAACGUGAGAAUAUUGAUGAUGAUCAACGAGGUAAUGAGAUCGUUGAUGACAACAUGGAAAGCCAAGAACAUUAUGAAGAACCAACUCAAGAUGAUAUAGAGCAUGAAGAAGCAGUUCAAGAUAAUAUAGAACUUCAGGAAACCGUCGGCAGAACUCAAAUGACUCAACGUUCUCAACGAGUUAUUCAAGAAUCGGUCUAUGAUAACAUGGAGGAAGUUCACGAUGAAAAUGAUUCACAAGAACACAUUAAUGAAGGCUCUCAACCAGUAUCACAGCCUGCUAGUCUUAGGCUAAGUGACACUUCAUUAGGCUUGAAUGAAUCAGGUGUGUUUGUACCUGAUCCGAAUAUGACUAGAACACAAGCGUUUGGAGUACCACAAAGUGGACCUUUAGCACCAUCACAGGGGAAGACCUUGGUAGAGAGUAUUGAAGAAGCAUUGGGAAGCGUUUCGGUCGAUUCUCAGAAAAGUGGGUUUGGUUUUUUAUUUUUGAUUGGCGUUUCAUAAUUUUGUUACCUAAAAUUAUGUUUUUCUUGAUUUUAUUAGCGUUAAAAUAAUACUGUGCCUCUUCUGAAAGCAGGACUUUGGAUUAGGAGCACAGAAUUAUAUGAAAGGAUUAAUACUAUCUUUUUUGUUAGUAAGAACACUUUUUUAUUGAUUUCGUUAUCUAAAUUAAUAUUUUUUAUUUAGACUCCUUUCCAAGCACCUUGACGAACCCUCCCACUGUAACUCCAUCUUCAACUCAACCUUUGAAGAAACAAAAACACAAAGCCUCAGAAGUCAAAAAGUAUUGGACGUUCUCCGACAACUUGUUUUACAUGCAGUAUGGUAAGGGUGGUUUUUUAUUUUUGUUGAUUUGUUUUAUUUUUAUCGAUUUUUUAUUUUUUAGAAGAUUAUUGAACUUGUACUAUCAUCUUACCUCUCCCUACAAUGAUAUGAAUCCAGUUAUCAGCUCAAGUUACCCAGAUCUCAACGUUUUCUUUUUUUUAAUUUCAAUUUUAUUGUUAUUUUGUUUGAUUUUGGUUAUGUUGUUUAAGUUAUUCUUCAUUGUUUUUGUUACUUAUUGUUGUGAAUACAGUUUAGCGUUGUAUAAAGUUACUGUAACAUUUAUCUAGGACUAUUUUUUGCAUUUUAAAGGCUUUUUUGGCCACAAAAAGUAUUUUUUAUGUAUUUAUGGUAAUUAUUAGUGUUUUUGGUAAUGAGAAAUGAAUUUCUGAGGGUUUUUUGACAAUAUUAAUAGUGUGUAAGACUAGAAAACUUUACUUUAAGGUCCCUUUUGGCUAAUUUGAUAUGGAAAAUUAAAUUGAUAAAAUGACAAAUUUUGUUGAUGUUGAAUAUAAUAAUAGCAUUUUUGUCUAAUGAAUAUGGAUUACCAAAGCAAGUGCUUGAAUUUUCAUUUUCUACCAAAAUUCGCACAUUAAUUCGAAAAUUUUAGGUAAUGAAUAAUUUAUGUUUUGUCGCUGAUUCAAUUGUUUAAGUAGCCAAAAGCUACAUUAAUAUUGUCAUUCUUUGCCAUAUUUUCGGUCAGAUUUGUCUAUUUUUAAAAUUUAAAAAAAGCCUGGCAUUUUUUGUUGCAUUAUCUAAAAUAUUCGAUUCUAAAUUCUAGUAUUAUCUACAGUACUUAUUUUUGAAAUACAGUAUUAUUCACAGUAUUCCAAUGGCCAAUGUUCUUCAAAAAUUAAUAUUCUUACUAAUUUUUCUAGCCAAUAUUAGCCAUGUUAGCUCACAAGCAGUGUCCGAAGCUGUACCAGCAGUUCCAGUAGCGUCUGUAGUACCAGCUAUCGUCUCUGCACCGCCAGAAGUCGUACCUGCAGUACCAGUGGUAGCUUCGGCUCAGCCUGCCGCAGUAUCUUUAGUACCAGUUAUACCAGCCGUAGGACCAGCAGUAGUACCAUCUGAAGCUUCAAAAUCUUCAGAAUCUCCAAUUGUACCAGUGGUAUCAUCAGAUGCUCCAAGUAUACCAGUAGUUUCAUCAGAAGUGCCAAGUUUACCAGUAGUAACAUCGGAAGCCCCAGAUUUACCACCAGCUGCACCUAUCGUAUCUGGUUUCUCUUCAGAAGCUCCAAAAGCACGUUCAGGAGCUCCAGUAGCAAAGACGACACGAGUUGUACCACGACCAACACCUAGGCUUCCACAUGGCUCUGAUGGGCAAGAUCAAAUGGUUCUGGCCAAGUAUACGGUAGGUAACGUCUUUAAUUGAGAUUCAAGGCUAGGACUAGGGUCAAGGCUAGCGUUAUGGCUAGGGCUAUAGCUACGGUUAGGGCUAUGGCUAGCGCUAGGGCUGGAGCUAUGGCUAGUGUUAGGGGUGAAGCUAAGACUACGGCUAUGACUACGGCUAGAACAAGAUAUGGAAAGAUAGUUGAGAUAUAGAAAUUUUAAAACAAAUGUUACAGUAUACCAACAACGCUCUCUUGCCAGUCGGCUACAACCACAAGUACUGUACUGACCACAUGUUCAAGCCAUCCUCAAUACAUGAUAAACAAGUCAAUGACAUUCUUACUUGUAAGUUAGGGUAGGGUAGUGUAGGGCAUGGUAAGGUUCGAUGGGAUAGGGGAGAAUAGAGUACGGUAGGAUAAAGUAAGGUAGAAUUCACUGUAAAUAACUUUAAUUCACAGACUACCUCUACCACCUUCCAACAUACGAUGGUAGCGAGCGAGGUAACAUUGUCCUUCGCGAUGCUUCAAUCGGCUUGAUGUACAACAUAGUCAAGCACAAGUAUGAAUGGUUGGAUGGGAGUAAAGUGGAUUAUUUGAACUUUUUGGAUCCACUUGAACCAGCAAUGGCAGCCAAAAGAGAGGCCAACUCUUAUUAUUUGAUUACUCUGAGGUCGGUUAAUAACAAUGACAUUGGCAAAUGGAAGUACGCUCUAGAUGGCAUUUAUACUACUACUUUUGUAUGUGCCAAAUCUUAA